AUGGGGUUGUCCAAGUACACGAAGGGUUGGUGCAGCUGGCUUAUCGUGCUCUGCAUCGCGGCACUUGUGAUCGUUGGCGCCAUCUUCGCGAUCAAGAAGAAGUCGCACAAUUCGGGGUCUGAGCCUGAGCCUGCUCCUGUUCCAGGGUCACCGGGUGCCGUCACCAAGAAGUACGCAGAUGCACUCUCGGUGGCCAUCCAAUUCUUUGACGUACAGAAAUGUACAGUCUUCUUCGGUUCCGUUUACCAUUUUCCACAUGAUUUCUUUCUUUACACAUACAGUGCUUUCAAGCUGAAUGCUUUCUUCUCUGCUAAAUUCCUAUGCAGCCGGGAAGUUGGUUAAUAAUAAGAUCCCUUGGAGAGGUGACUCCGCGCUGAAUGACGGGAAAGAUGCAAAUGUAGACCUAUCGAAGGGAUUAUUUGAUGCAGGGGAUCACAUGAAAUUUGGACUUCCAAUGGCUUUUACUGCGACGGUGCUGGCUUGGUCGAUUCUUGAGUAUGGAGAUCAGAUCGCUGCAGUGAAGCAGCUGGAGUCAGCUCAGGACUCGCUCAAGUGGAUCACGGAUUAUCUGGUCAAUGCUCACCCCAAGGAAAAUGUGCUCUUCGUGCAGGUGAAAUCCCUAUGCGUCAGUUGUCACCUAGUGCACACACAUUACGUACACCAUUAGACGUAAACUUGCCAAAUCGUCUGGGUUCUUUGCUUGACAAGAACCUUCAUAUGGGACGAACGUCAGUUGGCUUCAAUUAACAUUUCCGCCGUCCGAACCCGUCCAUUGGGCCAUUUUGUUUCUGAUGCAGUUUUCCUUUAGUCAAUUACCGUAGGGCUGCAGUUUCUGUUGUGUCAUUGUGAAGUUGUGAGAUUGUAUUCAUUCUGGGGAUGGUAAAAAGUACGUUUCGCCAGAUGCUUCUCGGUAGUGAUGCUCUUCAAAUGGGUAGCUUGUCUUCCAGGCUCUUGUGAUGCUGCUUCAACUGUGCUUCUCUGUCAUUUUUCCGAUUCUUGAUUAGUUUAUACGCUAUGUUCCUACUUAUAUCUUUCCAUGUAUGGUUUACGUGCAUCCUGAUGAAAAAAAUUAUAUUGAUACUUAGAAGAUGUGUCAUAAGUGACUGGUUCCAUGAAAUAUAUCUCAUUCUUGCCUUUUACAUGUCUGUGCAUCCCAAGAUAUUUCCCAUCCAUCUUAAAUCUUGUGGAUCCUCGAGUGAGAAGGUAGUAGAGUGAUGAAAGAUCGUGUUUUGGCCAUGUGGUGCACUUUUUUCUCGGAAAAUGAUACGGCUACUGUGAUUUAUGCCACAAUUUGUAUGAAGUUACAUGUACAAUCCACAUUGGUCCUCAUUUCAAGUUCACUCAUGACUUUCCUAUAAUUUUUUUCCAUCUUCGCCUAGGUUGUAGGCUUAGACUGGUUCAAUAGAUAAACCGUGAUUGAUGCAUAAUGAUCGAUUUCAAUUGGAAUUGGGUAUCAAUCCGAGUUGGUGAAAUUAAUGCGAAUCAGCCAGGAUCACAGGGAGUUGUAUUUGAAUUGGCCAAUCUGACCCAUGUCUUUUUAUGAUGCACAGAGAUUAGUUUGGAUCUCAAUUGGCAGAAGCAGAUCCAACAAUAUUUGGUACUGGUUAGAAUUCUAAGAUUGGCCAGAAUCAGCCAAGAUCAUUGGAGAGUUGAAUCUGAAGCAACCAAUGUGACCACUGUUUUAUUAUGAUGAAUGACGGUUAGUUUGAAUUGGAAUUGGGAAAAGCCGAUUCAAGCAUUGCGCUUUCAGGUGUAACAGAGAGAGAUCUGCAAUAUUAUCUAGAAUGAACUGGGAUCACUAGAGCAUUGGAUCUGAGUCAGCCAUUCUGAUAUAUUCAAAUUUUAUUCUGAAGCCCCCUUUUUUAUACUCGGUUGAUGUACAAUCAAGCAAUUGAUCAAGAUAAUAAUGUUUUGAUUUCCUCGCUUCUGUUUUAUUUAAAAUAUUGCCAGUUUCCCUGAACUGCUAGAGAUAAGAUACAUUAGGUCCGCGUUCGAUCAGUGUCUAAAUUCUCAUAAGACAUGUGAUCCAUACUGCUGUUUAUACCAUGGUGCACUUUCUUUUGGGCAAGGACAUAGUUCAAUUAGUUGUUUGAAGGCACAUGCAGUGCAUGUAUGAAUAGUUCCUCGUGAUCAGCUGAGUAGUUGCACGCGGAAAUAUGAACGGUGGAAGAGGGUUCGGUCCAUUCUUUUAUUGCCUCCAUUCCUGUUCAUCCUCUCUGACCAUUCCGUGAAUAAAUGGUGUCGGUUGCAUCCAUCUAUCUAUCUAUCUUUAGACCUGCAGCUUGGAUUGUCUAGCGUUCUCCUCAUCCUGAUGGACUAUACGGAGUUGAUGCUGUGGGUGACCGAUGGUCGCUAGUCCAAUCCUAACCUGGUUUUUUCAGCGUGAAACCGUUUUUAUGUGUAUUAGGGGAAGGAGAAUAGGUCACGUCCAAUUAGUUAUUCAUCAGUAGUGCCUUGUCAUGCCAGCGGAGGUAGUACCAUCAUUUUAGUAACUGUGGUUGUUGUGAUCAUUGCACAAGUUUCUUUCCUUCUCUCUCUCUCUCUCUCUAGCGAGGGGUGGAGGGGAGGGGAGGAGGACCCUUUUACCAGGUUAAGUUAGGACUCUGUCACUUUGUCAUUCAUAGAAAUGCCAUGCUAUAAGGUGUUUAUCAUGAAAAAGUGUUAGAUUUAAGUAUUCUGCAUCCAGAAAAUAUAUGAUGAUUUUUCUUUUUUGACUCAACUGGGAAACUAUCGUUUCUUUGUGAUGAAAAUUUGGAUUCUCAGGCCCCAGUCAACCUUAAACUGCUCCAGUGAUAGUUCUUUAAUCGCCUGCUGUUUUCUUAUCAUAUAUUCGAUAAGCUUUCAGGCUCCAUUCUUUAUAUUUAUAAAAUUAUGCGGUCAUGAUUUUCUUUUAAUGAUUCAAAUUUCGGUCUUCCAGUUUGUCAGCUAAUACUUGCGCGCCUUUUAGGUGGGAGAUCCUAAUAUAGAUCACGAAUGCUGGGAGAGGCCAGAGUCAAUGUCAGAGGAAAGACCUGUCACACAAGUGAACGAAACGUCUCCAGGGUCAGACAUUGUCGCUGAAACGGCGGCAGCUUUGGCGUCAGCCUCCAUGGUGUUUAGAUCCGUCGACUCCACCUACUCAGAUCUGCUCCUUCGCCAUGCUCGGGAGCUAUUCAAAUUCGCAGACAAGUUCAGGGGCUCUUACAGUGAAAGCAUUCCCAGCGUUCAGAGGUUCUACAACUCCACGGGUUACUGGGACGAACUCUUAUGGGCGGCUUCUUGGCUCUACCAUGCAACCGGAGAGCAAUCCUAUCUGAGCUAUGUGACAGAGACGAACGGCAGGGUCUAUGCCGACUGGGGAAAGCCGACCUGGUUCAGCUGGGAUGAUAAACGCGCUGGAACACAGGCAACGGCCUCUCCUCCUCCUUGCCCCCUUCGACGUCUUCUUCUGAAUCUCUCUGCUUCAAACGGUCAACGCUCUCUUUGAUCUCUUUUCCUACGAUUUUUAUGCAGGUAUUGCUCUCCAGGGUAACCAUCUUUAGCCCAAAACUGGCAUCGACUGCGGAGACAGUAGAUCUCCAGAACUACAGGAAAACGGCCGAGGCAGUCGUAUGCGGGCUUCUACCGGAUUCACCGAGCGCCACCGCGAGUAGAACAGACGGUAGUUGAUCGCUACUCCAGCUCCAAAAAGUGGCUCCAAUCUCCGAUCCAUCCCAUUUUGGGUCAACCCUCUCCUUUUUUCCAUCUCCCUGCAGACGGGCUGAUAUGGGUGGAGAACUGGAACUCCCUGCAACACCCCGUUGGCGCGUCCUUCCUCGCUCUGAUGUACAGCGACUACAUGCUCACAUCCCGCACGCCGUCGGUGCACUGCGGCGGCAAGACCUUCACGCCGGCAGACCUCCGCACGUUCGCCGCUUCCCAGGUGACCGAUUCUCGAUCUCCUCUCCCCAACAUCUCUCUCCCCUCCACUUAAGAACAAAAAAUGCGCGAUUUGGAGCAGGUGGACUACAUCCUGGGGGACAACCCGAUGAAGAUGAGCUAUCUGGUGGGCUACGGCAGCAGGUUCCCGCAGCAGGUGCACCAUCGCGGCGCGUCCAUCCCCGUCGACGCUAAGACGGGCUGCAAGGGGUGGCAGUGGCUGUCCUCCCCGGAUCCGAACCCCAACGUGGCCACGGGGGCCAUCGUGGGCGGCCCCUUCAAGAACGACUCCUUCAUCGACCUCCGCAACAACUCCAUGCAGACCGAGCCCAGCACGUACAACUCCGCCGUCUUCGUCGGCCUCCUCUCCGGUCUCGUCACCACCUCCUCCGUCCCCCUCACCUUCACCUCCUCCCGUUAG